UGUACCACAGAAAACCUGUAAAAAACAACAGAAAACCCUUUUAAAGAGGCCACAGAGUCAAACGUAAGUCGUGCGCGUUCACGUGACGGGGAGUCAAAGGAACUACGAGACCCCGCAGCAGGGGGCGGGGCCAGGUGUGUUUACCUGCUGCUGCUCAGCUCCGGUCUCCCUCUAGACCCGGUCCUGGUCUCACGGUCCGGGUUCUGGUCUUACGGUCCGGGUUCUGGUCUAACGGUCCGGGUUCUGGUCUUACGGUCCGGGUUCUGGUCUAGCGGUCCGGGUCCUGGUCUUACAGUCCGGGUCUGAGGUUCUGCGGAUCGUCGGAGCGACGCGAUGUCGGAAGUUCAUGUGAAGAACGAGACGUGCAGAAACGGCUCGGUGUUCAGGUUGUGGUGCGGCUCUCAGUCUACAGUGUGUUUGUUUUCUGGAGAUCCAAUGCCGGCCGACGCUCACCUGAAUGGCAGCAGCUCAGGUGUCCCGUCCUCCAGGAGCUACCAGCUGUGGCUUGGUCUGACUCUCGCCCUUCUGUCGGCCGUCCUGAUUGGUGGCAGCGUCAUCCUGAAGAAGAAAGCCCUCCUCCGAUUGGCUGGGAAGGGACAGACCAGAGCAGGUGAUGGAGGUCACGGUUACCUGAAGGACUGGAUGUGGUGGGGAGGCCUGCUGACCAUGGGAGCUGGAGAAGCCUGUAACUUCGCCGCCUACAUGUUUGCUCCGGCCACGCUGGUCACUCCGCUGGGCGCCCUGAGCGUCCUCAUCAGUGCAGUUCUGUCCUCCUACCUGCUGGGGGAGCUGUUGAACGUGGUGGGGAAGCUUGGCUGUCUACUGAGCGUGCUCGGAAGCAUCUUGCUGGUCAUCCACGCCCCACAGGAACAGGAAGUGACGUCACUGCAGGACAUGACUGCCAAGCUGCUGGAGCCUGGCUUCCUGGUCUACAUGGGGCUGGUUCUGGUCCUGUGUCUCGUCCUCGUCCUCUACUUCUGUCCUCGUUUUGGCCGGUCCAACGUCCUGGUGUACGUGGGCGUCUGCUCGCUGCUGGGAGCGUUCACCGUCUCCUCGGUGAAGGGACUCGCCAUCGCCAUGGAUACCGUGUUUCAGGACGUCUCUGUUCUCACUAAUCCUCUCACCUGGAUCCUGCUCUUCACCCUCAUCGUCUCCAUAGUAACACAGGUGAACUACCUGAACAAGUCUCUGGACACCUUCAACACGCUGCUGGUCUACCCCGUCUACUACGUGUCCUUCACCUCCGUGGUGCUGUCCACCUCCAUCAUCCUGUUCCAGGAGUGGAGCAGCAUGUCUUCUGUGGACGUGGUGUCCACGCUGGGGGCCUUCCUGGUCAUCGUGGUGGGCGUGGCCAUGCUGCACCUGUUCAGGGACCUGCAGGUCACAUGGAAGCAGCUGACCAAUCAGCUGUCUCAGCCACUGGAGAUGGAGGGGCUUACAGAGGAGGUUCCAGCCAAUGAGAGAGCAGGAGGGCGGCGCAAAAAGGAGGAUAAAUACGGACUGAUGGACAACAUGGUGGUAGAAAGUCUGCCUCCCAUGAGAGACGAAGGCCCCAGAGUCUUCAUCAUCAGCUGAGCACAAACACACACACAACUACACACCUGGGCCACAAACACACACACAAACACCUCAUCAGAGAGUACGGCAACAUGACAUGAACGAAUGUUACUGAAGAAACACACAAAAUAAUAAAUGUGUGACCAGUGACACAAAAUGAGGCCCGAUGGCAACGAUGCAACAUGAAAUGACAACAAAAAGACUCAAAAUGACGACAAAAAGAUGUAAAAUGACCAUAAAAAGACAGAAAGGGACUACUAAAAGAUGCAAAAUGAUGACUGAAAACACCAGAUUGCAAAAAUAUACCACAUAAAUACUUUAGAUGCAAAAUGACGACAAAAAAUAUGACCGAGUGACAACAAAGAGGCACAAGAUGAACACAAAGAGCACAGAACAUUCACAAAAGAAAGAUAAUGAUACAAAAUGACUGGACAGACGUUAAGAUGUUGAUAAAAUGAGCACAACAUGACACAAAAUGACUAAAAAAUGACCACAAAGAUCAUAAAAUGAUGACAAAAAUGGGUGUAAAAACACAGAAAUGAAUGUAAACACAGAGUUUUUAGUGUGCAUUAAACCACUUAGUGUUUAAUUUACCCAGGAAUUAAAAGACACAAUUUAUGUGUUGUUUUUUGUUGUGGCAGUGAAAGCCAACAAAGUUUAGUGUCUUUAGUUUGUCCUUUAAUCAAAACAUCAGCUGAUGGUCAGGAACCUGAAACCACCUCUGAAUAAGUCAUGAGAUGGAAGCUGAGAGUCCAGCAGCAGGUAGACUCACCUGAAGAACUCACCUGAGGAACACCUGAGCUCCUAUCAGCUCAGGUGUUCCUCAGACGACAGUGUUCUGACUUAUCUGUGUGUUCAUGACGUCUCAAUAUUUCCAGCAGCUUUUCUCAGCUUCCAGCUGAACAUCAGGGCUUUUUGUUGUGUGUGCAGCACCCCCUGCUGGCUGGAGGCCCUCACCAUCAUUUAGAUUCUGUUUCCUCUGGAACUGAAGAUAACUGCAGCUACACAACAGGAACAAACUGAAACACUCACAGAUAUUAAAAAUAACACUUUUAGACAGAAACAAAACAGCAAAUGUCACAAAAAAGAUGCAAAAUGCGCCCAAAGACACACAAAAGGACUACAGAGACGGAAAAUGUCUUCAGAGUGAUGCAGAAAAGAUGCACAAUGACUUCAAAGUUACACAAAAUAACUUCAGUUACACAAAAUGACUGAAAAGUUACACAAAAUGACAGCUUGACAACUAGAAGGUGACGACAAAUGACUGAAGUGACACAACAUGACGACACCAGCAGAGUUGUGUUGUGAAGAAGGUCUGAGCAGAAAGAAGCAGAGGUGUCCAGAGAUCUACCUUCAGAUGUUCUCUGUUCAGUGAUGGAUGUACAAAUGAUCUGAGAAGUUUUAAGUGUGCUGAAGAUCAGCUUGUGUUUGCUGCUGCAGCGUCUGCUGGAGUUCAUCUAGACGAGUUCAUCUCCAUGACUUUAUCCAGAGGAGUCUGAUGAAUCCUCUCUGCUGAGCUCUGAUUCCAGGAAGCAGACCAACAUGAAUGUUCUGCUGAAGAUGUUUCAGGUUAUGAAGCUCAGAGGAACAAAUGAAGAACUUCCUGUCUGAUGAUGUCUGUAAAUGUGAUUGAAUAAAAGAAAUAAAGGAAACUGGUUUUAGA